GCAGAAGCGACAGAGGCGGCAGAAGCGACAGAGGCGGCAGAAGCGACAGAGGCGGCUGCGGCGGAGGCAGCGGCCGAGCUCUGCGGCGACCAGGUUGCUAUGGCAGCUCCGAGCAAAGGCAAGGCCGCCCCCCCACCUGUGCCCAAGCCUUGGGAAGCCGGGGCCGCGGGCGGCCCCUCCAAGCCCGAGAACAGCUUCUCGUUCGGCGAGUUCGCCGCCGUGCUAGGCGGCCUGGGCUCGGCCCCCCCGGCCCCGGAGCCCCUGCCGGUGCCGCCGCCGCCGCUGCGCCUUCUGCACGACCUGUGGCAGCACGACCCCAGCCCCAGCGAAUUGAGGAAAGGUAAACUGAGGCCCGGGCGCCUGCGACUGGCCAACCGCCCGCACCGCCGCCUGGGGCCCACGGGCCGUGACGUGCACUCCCUGAAGAAACUGAGGGAAGCCGCCAACGCCAACGACUUGGAGACGGUGAAGCAGCUGCUGGAGGAUGGAGUGGAUCCGAUGUCGACCGACGAUAAAGGCCGCAGCGCCCUGCACUUCGCAGCUUGCAACGGGAAUGACCAGAUGGUGCAGCUGCUCCUGAACCACGGCGCGGAUCCCGACCAGAGGGAUGGGCUGGGGAACACCGCGCUGCACCUAGCCGCCUGCACCAACCAAGUCCCGGUCAUCACCACGCUGCUCCGGAGAGGGGCCCGGGUGGACGUCCUAGACCGCGCCGGCAGGAGCCCCCUGCACCUCGCCAAGAACAAGCUGACCAUUCUGCAGGGGAGCCAGCCGCAGUGUCUGGAAGCCGUCCGGCUGGAGGUGAAGCAGAUCAUCCAGAUGCUCAAGGAGUACCUGGAGCGCCUGGGGCAGCACGAGCACCGGGUCCGGCUGGACGAUCUCUGCAACCGCCUCCAGAUGACGAGCACCAAAGAGCAGGUGGACGAGGUGACAGAUCUCCUGGCCAGCUUCACCUCUCUCAGCCUGCAGAUGCAGAAGCUGGAGAAGAGGUAGCCGCCUAAAGAAGCCCCUUCCCCCCAACCCCCCUCCAUGACCUUUGCCCAGCAUCCAUCAUCACCAUCUCAGCAAAAGGGGAGACGCCAACCUGUCCUGCUACCCUUCCACCGGAUCCACAUCGGCCACGGUGUGGACCCCAUCAUCUCAACUGGAGAAGUGUGCUACACAGAGGGACCCUUCUUCGGAGCUUCCCCCCCCUCCCCCGCCCCCCGCAGAGGCCCCACCUGUUGCUUCAUCUUCGGCUUUCAUCACCCAGAACCCCGUCACCAUCCCUUCCGCCUGGCCGAUAAAGCAUGGCUCCUAGUGGUGGCCGUGUCCUGGUGAAUAGCCAGCCUCCUGUUGUCCUGCUGGCUCUGGUGCGCUGCCUCCCUGGGCCAACUUAGGCCUUGCCUUGGCGGCCAGAGGCACCAGAUCUGGAGUUUCCAGACCUCUUUCUCACUCCUCAUUAGACCUGUGGCUCCUCUCCUGCUUGGAGGAGGGGCCCCGCCCGCCCCACCCCUGCCCCUUGUUCAGAGCUGCCUUCUGAGCUUUUCAGCAGCCCAGGUUUGAUUGAAUUCAUCUCUUUGUGGCUUGCUGCUGUGAGCAGAGAAGCCAGGACUGGAGCGGACCACAGACAGUGGAGGGGGUGACCCCUUUUCCAAGUCCUUUUUUGGGGGAGAAGCAGAGGUUCUGGUGGUAAACACUGCAUCUUUCACCAGCACUUAAAUUUCAGACUUGAGACUUAAAUGGAGUUAUGUCUUCUUUGCAGCUUAUUCCCUCCUGUGUACUCUGAUCCAGUGAUCCUGCCUUCGUUGUUGCUUUUCCAGGAACAAGACACUCCAUCUCUCAGGUCUGGCAUUUUUUCUGGCUCUCCCCACUGCGUGAAAAGCUCUCCCCUCUCAUCUCUGGCUCCUGGCUUCAUUCAGUUCCAAGUUUAUAUCCCACCUUUUAUGGGAAGACUUUCCCAAAAUCUCUUAAUUCUAAAUCUUCCCUCUAUUAAUUAUGUCCUAUUUAUCCUGAAUGUAGCUUGUUUGUAUAUACUUGUUGACUUGACUCCUCCACUAGAUUGUGAACUCCUUGAAGACAGAAACUGGCUUUUGCCUCUUUUUGUAUAUUCCCAGCACAAGGCCCAGUGCCUGGUACGUGGUCAGCAGUUAAUGUUUAUUGACUGCCUGGCUGAUGUGGAUACCUAAAUGCAUGCUGUCUCUCUUGAUAGGAGUAUGCUCCCUGAGAACUAGGCCUGGUUUUUUUGUCUUUGCAUUCCCCCAGGGAGAAAGAGGCCUGACACAUACUGGGGCCUUCCGAAAUAUUUUUUGACCAAUUACUUGCCGCGGGGAAGCAUAAUGUGGCGUUUUGUUGACACCUUAUGGCUAAACUAGGUAUUGCAGUUUAGGGAGGUGUUUAGGCCAAUGACUUCAAGCAAGGGGCUUUUGUUUCCCCUGCUCUGCCCCGGCUCCGAAAUCACAGAAUCUCAAAGUUGGAAAGGAAUUCCAAGGUCAUUGUUCCAAACUAAAUGAGAAUUCCCGUCUAUAGCCUUAACACGUUAACUCAAAGAGCUUCAAUGUGAAGACCUUGAAUUGUGGGAAUUGCGUGAACUUCAGUGACUCCAUCUUGUGACCGAAUUCUGGAGCAAGCCCUUCUAUUCAAUUAUGAGUCUGGUCCCAUUUCUGACUUGUGAGAAAACUAUUAUGGGAAUUGUGAAAAAAAACUUAUGGCUUUGUUUUAACCUAACCCUUUCUGGCUGGGAAGCUGGACUACUUCUACCUGUUGCUUAGAAAUCCCUUUUUUAAGGAUAUAGGUUAUGCUCAUCAGAAACUCAAUCAGAUCAGAAGAUUGAUGCGGUUUUUUUUGUUGUUGUUUUUUUUUUUUUCCCCAAAAUUACACAUUUCAAGCAACUCAUACAUUUUAUUUGAAAACAUCUGAAAUCAGUUACUGUUUCCACGGUCUUUUGCUUGAAUACAGUCACUUGUGGGGAGAACAUCUCUUUUUUCUGAUUUGAGGGAAUUGUAGCUAUUCACUCCCAACUUGGAAAGCCCCUAAUCCUUCAAUUGGAAAUCAGAUUACCUAAUAUUAUCCUGAUUUAUAUCCUGUUAAUUGUUUUUUUUUUUGUUUUUUUUUUAAUGCAUAAAAAUCUGUCUCUUCCUCUAUUCAGGGUCCAGUUCCAAACUGAGGACUCCUGGUUCUGAUUUUUAUGCAUUUAACAUUGCAUUAGUUAAGAAAUUAAUAUGUUCAGAAGGUUGAAUCUUUGUUUCCUUGGUUAUUUCAUCUUUUACCCAUCAAUUUUUUUUUUUUUCCAAAUCCAGCCAAAUCAAGAAGGGACUCUGACCUCGGGGAUGGUAUCUAAGCUUUUUUGGAAAACUGUCCGCAGAGGCAGGGCUCCUUCCAUAAUUUUCAGAUUCUUCCAAGCUAAGCUUCUCUCCCCCGCCCCCCCCCCCCCCCCCCCCAAGCUACUAAAGAUAGUCACUUUAAUGGAACAGUGGAUUUGGGUAAUAAUAAACUACCAAAGGAUUCCUCCUUGGAUAAAAUUUCUUUUGGCAUGAGACCAGAGCAAGAUAGCUCUGUUAAAUUUCGACACACACACACACACACACACACACACACACACACACACGGAGAAAAACUCAAUUUAUUGACUUGGAUACAGGUCCAGCUAUCUCUACAGGAUGGGGGUGAGGGUGUGAAAUGAGUUCUCAAAAUAGGUUAAAAUAUUUGAAAAUCCAAAUGGGUCUCAAAAUUGACCUGAAGAAGGGACUUUUAACUAUGGCUAAUUAAAGACUUUGAGAUUAGACUUUCAGGAGGAGGUAAGGAAGCUAACAAGUAUGUAAUUGUUUUAUUGUUCUAUGUUUUUGUUACCUUAUAAAAUGAAAAAAAAAAUCUGUCUUGUGUAAUAUUUAGAGUUGUUUGUAAAUUUUGCUAUUUUGAAAGAUUUCUAAGGGGAAAAUGCAGCCAGCCAGAAGGACUGCCAAAAAGCUGCAGCCAAAGAGUUUGGUAUCCUGGGGAAGGAAGAUUAAUGAAUUUUCAUAUUUGAAGCAGUUCUCCUAGCUUUCUAUAAUCUGAGGCUAAACUCUCUAUCCCAGUAACAAGACUAACUCCCACUUUUGGCUUUCCGACGAAGAUUAGGUUUUAAAAAGAACAACCAACAACAUCUGCAAGAUACUUUCUCUGUGUCAUUUCAGUCCUGGCUGCAUUGGGAUUACAGAAAUAAAGUCAGAUAAUCAAAGAAAAGAAAACUUUUUCCUGGUGUCUAAGAAUUUGUGGUAUUAUAACUGAAUGAGAGGUUCCAAAUUAUGGUAACUGCUAAAAGCAUCUUAGUAGAUUUUGGAGGUUUGCAGAUUAUCAUUAAGUUUGGAGAUACAAUCAUUUUAAGAUUGCAGAGGAUAACUCCUGAGACUUUGAAUAAUUCCAGGAAUGGACCCUCUUCUCUUCGUCCUAUUGGAUAAGACAUUCAGCAGAAACUUAAUAUAUGCUGAAAUAUCUUAGUGAGUUUUGAAGUACCACUCUGUAAAAUUUCUUUUAAGAAAAAAUAAGAACAAAGUUCUUUCAGGGGUAAAAAGCACUUAAAUCACCUUUUGUCUAAAGUUUGAUAGAACUAUUGUUUUGGUGUACUGAAGAAACUUGAAGGUAAUCCUAAAGGGAAGGAAAAAAAAAUGUGCAGUUCACAUUUUAAAUUUUUCUGGAAUUUGGUAUCUAUCUCUUAUAACCCUUUCUUGAUAAUGAAAAGAGGGAAAAAUGUGUUUAAAUCAAGAAGCAACUUAAAAAUGAGUGAAAUUGAAUUAAAGAAUGUAAAGGAUGAUUUGAACCAAAGAGGGGUCUGUAAGGAAGAACUGCUCCCCACCUCACCAAAGAAAAUUAAGAAGGAAAUCUACAUUUGUAAGCUCUUAGAAACCCCAAAAGGUAACUAUUACAAUUCAUUGGAGUUCUGUAAAAUUCCAUCCUAAAUUGAAAAGGAGUAAUUCUAUGAAAUAACGAUUAGUUAUUUAGAUAAUUUGGGAUAUAAUUAAGAAAUAACAAUACUCUGCCCCUGAAAGACCAUUCUAUGUGGGAAGUAUUAUUCCCCAGUCUUUAGAAUCUUGUGAGCUCCAAAACAAGGGGAUGGGAAUGUGAAGCUGUUACUUGCAACUCUAUGGAAAGGAGAAAGUGCUCCCUUGAACUUCUGAAAAUGAGCUAAUUGUUAAUUCUGGGCUCUCAAUUUUAAGGCACAGGUGCCUAAUAGCCCUGAAAAAUUGAGAUUUUGAUUUUGUGGUUGUAAAUCCAGAUUUGAUUUGGGUGAGAUUUGUCCUGUAACUAAAUUUUGAUGUAGUGAAUUGUGCUCUAUUAAUUGUGGCUUCAAAUGCAAAGAAAAAAAAAAAAAAAACAAAAACAAAAAAAACAAAAAAAAAUUAAAUGCUGGGAAAAUGCAUGGAUCGGGGAAACCUGAGUUACACUCCAGUCUCAGAAAUUUUUUAGCUGUGUGAUCUUAAGAAAAUUAUCUCUGUUUACCUUACUUUCUGGAUCAGUAAAAAGGAAAAUAAUGAUCAUACCCAACUCCAGGGUAGUUGUAAAGCUCAAAUGAUAUAAUGAUUAUGAAGUGCUUGGCACAGUGACUGGCAUAUGGUAAGCACUAUAUAAAUGUUGACUAUUUUUAUUGCUUCUUUGAUUGUAUCUUGUGAUAACUCUAUACCAGACUUUAGAUGUGAUUAGUAUAAAAUGCCAAAAGAUGAUAAAAUGAAUGAUUUUUUAAUGUGGGAUAAUUCAGAAAAGCAUUUGGCUGAAUUGAUGUCAUCUGACUGGUAAUAAGUUUUAUUUCAUGUUUUAAAUACAUGGUAUUGUGUAUGUUAUUAUUGUGUUUCUAAAAAUUUUUCUUAUAUUGUGAAAUGCCGUGAGAAACCAUUGUAUCAGAAAUGCUGUUAGAUAAAUAACUUCUCUUUUAAUCUGGAUGCUGUUUAAAAGAAUGUGAUAAACAAAAUAGAUAUUUGAAAACUGUUAAAUAUUUAAUGGUGUAUAUUUUGUCUUAAAUAAAUGGUGAUAAUUUUAAUACUCAUAAUAAAAAUAACUUACUGUUUGGGGGAAAGUUGUACAAACCCUUUAAGAUAUCCUUAUGUGAGACCCCUUGAGACUUUGUAUUAACACUGGAUCAUAAUUUGAUUUGAUUUGAUUAUCAUUCCUAGUGACCAUAUGUUGAAAAAUCUAAUGAAGUCUGAAAACCUAAGAACCAAGAAAAUAGGAUCUCCUCCCCCAGGAGUGGGGGAAAGAGAAUUCACAAAUUCACUAUAAUAGUGAGUUUCCAUUUGAAAAAAUUUGGUUAUCACAUAAAAAUUACAAAAAUGUAUAGGGUAGUUCAAUCUAUGAAUAUGAGUCAGCUAUCAAAUAUCCGCUGUAUGUCUGAAAUCCCAGGUGUAGUUUGCCUUAAUUUAUAAAUAACGAUAAAUGGAAUGUAAUUGUUAGGGAAACAUAAAAAAAAGAAAUCAAUAACAUUCAAGCCCUAAAUUGUGAUUAGUGAAAUUUUGCUAUUCGAAGUUAAAAAUCUAGGGACAAUAACGUCAUCCUUUUGAGUUUUGAUUACAAGAAUUGUUACUGUCUUUACUCAAAUGAGAAAUCAGAUUACCUAAUCUUGUAUACUGGUCUAAAUCCUGUUAACCGUUUCUUUUAAUGAAUAAAAAUGUCUCUCCCUGUAUUCAUGGUACAGCGCCAACUUGAGGAGGACUGGUCCCAAUUUGUUAUACAAUUGGCAUGCAUGAGUUAAUAAAAUCAAUGUGCUCAAAA